AUAUGGUACAUAGUUGUGAGUUAAAGACGCAACAUUCACAACCUCGGUCCUUCGAAUAAGACGGGUAUAGACGUAAUAACUGAACGUUCGUACUAGCUAAAAUGGAUACUCGUAAUCAUUGUUUAAUAUUUAUAUCUGUAAGUUUAUGUGUUUUAGUCGGAGUUCAUUGUAACCAGCUAGUUGGAGGGUGGGAAGAUGCUAGUAUUGAUGAUAAAAACGUUAAGGAAGCAGCAGGAUUUGCAGUGAAGGAAAUAAAUUCACGAUCAAACGGGCUUUAUCACCAGAAGCUAGUCAAAAUUCACCAGGCACGCAGACAGGUGGUUUCAGGCUUGUUGUUCAAACUGAUGGUAGAAGUUGGUAGUACUACUUGCAACAAAAAUGAGGUGACUUUUGAUGACGUGGAACAGUGUGAAAUUGAUGAAAAUGGGCUGUCACAACUUUGUACAGUCACUGUGUGGGUUAAGUCAUGGAUUCCAUAUCAUGAACUAAAGGACUUUGAAUGCAAUGAGAAGCUACCUAAACCAUCUAAGCAAAAGACAAAGCUAAAAAUUGAGAAGAACACUCCUCAGGAUAUUAAUCUUGAAAGGACAAUGUUUGAAAAUUUUAUUCAAAUGUUCCAGAAAAAGUACAACCCUAAAGAGAAGGAAUACAGAUUUGAAGUGUUCCAAGACAACUUGAAGAAGAUUAAUGUAUUGAAUGAGUAUGAGAAAGGUACAGCUGUAUAUGGUGUGACAAAAUUUUCUGAUCUGACAGUUGAAGAAUUUAAAAAGCAUUACCUGGGAUUCCGCCCAGACCUGGCUCACAAGGAUGCUACUCCACCAAUGGUCAAAGUUUCUGUUGUUGAUCCUUUGCCCAAGUCUUUUGACUGGAGGCAGAAGAAUGCUGUGACUGAAGUAAAAAAUCAGGGAUCAUGUGGAUCUUGUUGGGCAUUUUCCACUACUGGAAACAUCGAAGGACAGUGGGCAAUAAAGAAAAAUAAGUUAGUGUCUCUGUCAGAACAAGAAUUGGUGGACUGUGACACAGUUGAUGAAGGCUGUAAUGGAGGUUUGCCUUCGAAUGCGUACAAACAAAUCAUGAAAUUAGGUGGUUUGGAAACUGAGAAAGAUUAUCCAUACAAAGGAGUUGAUGAAAAAUGUUUCUUCAAUCGAAGCAUGGCUCGUGUGAACAUCAGUGGCUCUAAUUCUCUACCUCAGAAUGAAACUGAACUUGCAGCUUGGCUUGUUAAAAAUGGACCUAUUUCUAUUGGAAUCAAUGCUAAUGCAAUGCAGUUUUAUUUUGGAGGUGUAUCACAUCCAUGGAAAUUUCUGUGUAACCCUGACAACUUGGAUCACGGUGUUCUUAUUGUUGGAUAUGGAGUAUCUGAAAACAAGUUCUUUAGGAAGUCAACACCAUACUGGAUAAUCAAGAACAGUUGGGGCAGUAGUUGGGGCGAACAGGGCUAUUACCGUGUUUAUCGUGGUGAUGGUACGUGUGGACUCAAUAAAAUGGCUACAACAGCAGUUGUCAACUGAAGUAUCUUCAUACAUGUUUUCUUCAGCUAGCACCGAGUAGAAAAGCUAUAAACACGGUUUCAUUUGUAGAAAGUCACUGUAUAGUAGCCAAGGUUGUUGAUUAUUAGACUUAAUUGAACCAUGUAACGAUUAAUUAAAUAUUGAAGAAUCCACUAAAAAUGAAGGAAAUACACUGAUUACUCUAUAGAUAUUAUGUUCUGUAGCUCAGUUUAAAAACUGUUGACUUUUUUGUAUGGAGGUUUUUAUGAUACUGAGACUUGUUAAAUAAAACUGCAUAAUAUUCAAACUUUAA